GAGUGCGAAGUGUAUUGGGCCGGAUGGUGGACACGCCAUUGGCAAGCCUCUAAGCUCAAACACCCCGAAUCGCGCCGCGUACUACUGCUGCUACUACUACUCGUUUUCAGUUCAGAAUCCAGAUCACAUUUGUCAGCGUCUCCGAGUCCCCAACAACACAACGAAAACCAUUCGCAAUUUCGCAUACUCAAAACCAAAUCAAUUGGUAAAAUCGAUGGGGAAGAGAAAAGAGCGUCGUCUCGCAGCUCUGAGCAACGCUGGUCGCCGUGUCAAGCUCGAUCUCUGCGCGGAACCCUCUGGAGAUUUGGGUGGCUCCACUGAGUAUGAUGAAAUUGGAGUUGAUAAAGAUUCGAACCAUCAUGAUGGGUUACCCAAUUCACCAGCUUCUUCAGGUCAACAACCACAGAAUCCUCUACUGUUGCUUGGACAAUAUAGUGAUGAUGAGUUCGAUGAGGAAUCAAAUAAAGGACUUAAUCAUGCCGUUGCUGAAACCUCCUCACCUAAUGAAGAGGUUAAGCUUUUGCUUGAUGAAGAAUGCAAAUAUCUGGAUGUCAAUAUUGGUGAAGACCUUUUUGUCGAGAAGGUCAAACAACAGGAUAGUGAGCAGGAGUCUAUGCCACCCGAUAUUACCCAUAAUAUGGAGAGCUGUGAUAGAGGGGAAAGCAAUCCUACCACGCUAGGAGAUUUACAAGAAGAAACAGAGUUGACGGAACAGAAUUCCGUUUCUGGAACGUCUGAUGCACAAGUUGUUGGUGAUGUUAUUUUGGGCUGGAAGAUGGUAAUGCAUGAGGAGAGUAACCGUUACUAUUACUGGAAUACUGAAACUGGGGAGACUUCAUGGGAAGUACCUGAUGUUUUGGCUCAGGCAACUGGAUUGACCAAUGGUCUGACAAUCUCUACUGUUACUGAAAAAACAGUAUGUGCUCCUAUGGCUAUAGGGGAUUCCAACAUCAUUUCAGAUUCGAUGUUAGGUGUUUCUUCAGCUGCACACCUAAUUGAAGGGACCACGGAUGCCAAUAUGGUUGCUCAUGGAUUAGACGCUUAUGGGCAUGGACACCAGAUGGAUGAUUGCAGUGAAGCGUACAAAAAUGAAGCUCAAAAAGACUCAAAUUCGAGCACCGAUGUCAACGCUAGUGAAUUAGGAGCUCGUUCUGAGAAGUACGUGCUUGACACUGAAGCUACUAAAGGAUAUGAAUCUGGAGUUGAUCUUUCUUCUCAUCUUGUGAAACAGUGUGAGUGUUUGUUAGAGAGGUUGAAGCCACUUAAAGGGUCCCAUCACAUGCAAGGUCUUGACUGGGUAUUAGAGUAUAUUUUGGAAGUUGAGAUUAGACUUUCUGAUGUGAAGUCACUUUCAUACUAUGGCUCAUCAUUGCUUCCAUUUUGGACAUAUACUGAAAAGCAGCUUAAACGGAUUGAGAGUGGAAUUAAUGAUGAAAUCUCUAAGAUUGCUGAAUCUGCACACAUGGAUGAAGUUGAGGGAACUCGUGUUUCUACCUUCAAUGGGAAGGGCGGAUUGCAGGAAACUAUGCGGGUUGAGUCUGAAGCAAAUGGAACUGAAAUGAAAGGUGUUCUUUCUGCUUCUGUUGAUACAUCAAUGAUAGUUCAGAAAGAUUUGCACGGUAAAGCACCUCACGUAAAUGCUGAAGACAUUUCUUCAUCACCUACUAGAGGUUUAAGAAGCGAUGCGGGAGUUAGUGAACUAGUCAAUGAGGCUGAAUUGGGUGAUGAAUCGAAUCACAAGCAUGGGUAUAAUGCUGCAGAGGAUGUUGACAUGGACGUGGACAUGGAAGUUGAAGAUGCAACCUCUUCAGGCAACACAGCAUUGAACCCAACACAGCUGAAUCUACCUGCAGAUUACCCCUCCUUGGUGCCAGAGGAUGGGUUCACUGUGCCACCUCCUCCGGAUGAGGAAUGGAUUCCCCCACCCCCACCUGAUAAUGAGCAUAUUCCUCCCCCACCACCUGACGAGCCACCUGAACCACCUGAACCCUCAUAUCCUCCACCUCUGCCCUACAUGGAGACAGGGCACCCUCUUACUUACACUGAGCAAUACAAUUUAUCAUAUCCAGUUUCUAGUUUUGAAUAUCAUGGACACACAGUAGCUGAAAUCCUGAGCAGUAGUUUAUAUGGACAUGCUGAAGGAUCUCAAGUUGCUGUGCCCCAUGCGCCAAUUUACUAUAACACAGUUCCUAGUACAUUUACCAACAUAGCUUCUGACCUGGUUAACCCUGUUCAGCCUAUAGUUUACUAUGAGGUUCAAGAUGGAACAGUCCCUGCAGUACCUGUAGUUAGUGGUGUGGACUCCUCUGGGUUUCAGAGUGAGCCAGCUCCUGUUAGCUAUGACACGUUUUCUGCUGAACAAGUUGCCCCUGUCAACUCCUUUGUGGGAGCGGGUCAUAAUUCACUACUGAAUGUGAACGCUAAUAUUUCUGGUGGUGGUGGUGAGACUGACAAGGCAUCUAUAGAGGUUCCGUCUACCUCAGCUACUAUCCAAGCUCCUUCAACCAUUUCGGUUAAAGACAAUUUUCCUGUGCCACCAACUGAUUCUAUUUCAGCUGCUGUCGUUAGUGCCACAUCAUUGGGUACCAAGGUUCAAUCUAAAGGUCUGCGCAGUAAAAAGCGGACAAUAGCAGCUGCCCCGUCCUUAAGGUCUAAUAAAAAAGUCUCCAGUUUGGUGGAUAAAUGGAAGGCAGCAAAAGAGGAGUUGCUUGAAGAUGAGAAAGAACCUGAAGAUCCUUAUGAGAUCUUAGGAAGGAAGCGACAAAGGGAAAUAGAGGAAUGGCAUGCACGGCAAAUUGCCACUGGAGAGGCCAAAGAUAAUGCUAAUUUUCAGCCUCUGGGCGGGGAUUGGCGUGAGCGGGUGAAGCGCAGGAGAGCUCAGUUAGCCAAUAAGGCUGCAAAGACUCCGCCAGAGGCAAAUACUGAUGGAAACCAGCAACCUGAUUUAAUAGAACUCUCGAGAGAUCUUCCAUCAGGAUGGCAGGCUUAUUGGGAUGAAACAUCGAAGCAGGUUUAUUACGGCAAUUCCGACACCACAGAGACAACAUGGACGAGACCGACAAAAUGAGCCUUUUUGAAAAUAGUGUUGUGGUUUAGAAGUUCAUAUAGUUUUGAGUAUAUCGGGUUAUAAUUUUUCAUUUGUUAUACCCAUUGUAUGUAUAUCUGCGAACGCUGAUUAGGAAUCAAUUUUAUUUCCCUCAAAUUAUUUUCCAUGCAAGCUAAAAUACAGAGUUGCCUUUUGUUAUUGC